CACGAGUCAAAUCAAAUAUUUACAAAUACAAAGCUGCAAUUUCAAAAUCAACUAUUUUCUUCACACGUUCUUUUAUGAUAUUAAAUAACACAUUUGUGUUUUUCAAAUUAUUUAUCUUCUUUAUAUGCAAGAGCAAAAUUAAUUCACUCUCACGAAAACGAAAUGAUAGAUAUUAGUGAGAAAAUUUCGGAGCUUCGGUCCGUGGUCCGUUUCAAUGGAGUACGUUCUGAAAAACACUUUUGUUUCGCGGACCACAAAUCAGGUUCGUACCUUUUAAGAUUUGUGGUACGAGGAAAAAAGUGUUUUUUAGAACGUACUCCAUUUAAUGGACCCAAACGGAACAUGGGCCGAAACCCAGAAAAUUCCAUUAAAUUAGUCUUAAGGAUGAUCACGAGGACAGUGUCGCAAUCUCAAGUGUCUGAUGUAGAAAUUCCUGCGUACUAUACGCAGUUUUCUACAUCAACAGUUGAGAUUGUUACAUCUCUCCCCCCAGACUCUAGUUGUUUUUAUGAAACAACUAAAGUCUAA